AUGGCUGAAGAGGAAUUCGAGAUCGACAUCUACGGCGACGCGCCCCAAGAUAACCACGACGGCAACGCGGAGGCCUACGAUGGAGGUGCCACCAACGGACACGCCGACGAUCACCACGCGGAGCAGAAGCAUGACAACCACGAAGAGUAUCACGACCAGAACGAGCAGGACCAGCAGGACGCACCUGCCCCGCAGCAGGGCGUGAAGAGAAAGGGCGACGACCGGCCUGUCGACCCAGGUGCAACGACGGCCAUCAUGAUUUCCGAUCUGAACUGGUGGAACACCGACGAUGACAUCAGGGGAUGGUGCAGAGAAGGCCAUUGCGAAGACGAGCUGAAGGACAUAACGUUUAGUGAACACAAGGUCAACGGCAAGAGCAAAGGGCAAGUAUACGUCGAGUUUACCACUCAACAAGCAGCAACGGCAGCCAAGCAUGCGAUUGAAUCAACAGAUGGCGUCAACGGUGUCCCGAAGAAGCACAACGUCACCUACUCGAACCCCAACGUCAACCCGUUCCGUACGCUGCCUAAGGAUGCACCAAACCGCGCGGGUAAGGACCAGGGAUCCUCUCGCGGCGGCUACAACAACCAAGGUUCCUCGAUGGGCGGCGAGUUCCGCGGCGGCUACCGCGGCCGAGGAGGUUUUAACGGACCUCGCGGAGGUAUGAACCAGGGUUUCAACCGCAACUUCUCAGGUGGCGGCGGCAUGGGAGGCGGAUUCAACAACAACAUGGGUGGCGGCUUCAACAACGGCAUGGGCGGAAACUUCGGCGGAGGCGGCGGCUUUAACCGGGGCGGCGGCUUCGGUGGAGGUAUGCGCGGCGGUCCCGGAAUGCGCGGCGGCCGUGGUGGCGGCAUGAACAACCCGAUGGGUGGUAUGGGUAUGGGACCGAUGGGCGGUAUGCCGAUGGGAGGUAUGCCCAACAUGAACAUGAUGGGCGGCGGAAUGCCUGGUACGACUCCCCUUCCCUGUGGAUUUCAACUUCGUCCUCCACCUUCAAUUGCUCGUCUUCCCCCUGGGCAAUCCCUUGUCUUUCCGUCUCAACCGAGCCUUUGGCCACUUUCUCACAGUUAUUUCAUCGGUCGAGAGCCGCACGCUAACGACAAAACAGGCUUCCAUGGCAUGCCCCAACAGUUCAACCCAGCAUUCUUUGGAGGAAACCAGGGCGGAGGUAACGACUGGGGCAACCCUCACGGUGCAAAGAGACCUCGGCCGGAGUAG